AUGGCAAAAUUCAAAGUGCUGAAGCAUAAUCAAGAGUUGAUGGCUUUGUUGGGUAUUCAUUCGCAUCGUUUAACCGAACCAACUAAUGAGUUCUUCAAAUUACCGGUGACCUAUCUGGUGCUGUUCAUUUUAUGCACAUUUUCCAUCACAUCAUGUGCUAUGUUUGCAUACAAGAAUUUUUCACAGUUUGGUGCUGCUCUAGAAGCGAUUUAUAUCAUGAUUGCCGGAGUCCAGUGUGGCGGUAUGUACUUGAGUGUCGGAUUGAAAAUGAAGCAAGUGAAAUUGUUGCAACAAAAACUGCAAGAGAUUGUCGAUGAAGGACAUACGUUCGAUGUGGCUGAGCUGUAUUGGAACACCGAGAGAAAGUGUCGACAAUACACCAAAACGAUGGUCUACAGUUAUGUAAUGUUCAUUGAAGGGCUUUUGUUGACUAAAUUCGUGCAGUCCAUUUAUUUCGUGUUUUUGGCAAACUCUGAUCCAACUUCGAUCGCUUUGCCAUAUUAUAUGGUGGUUCCUUUUGAUACCACAACCCUCUGCGGAUGGUAUUUAUUGUGGUUCAUUCAAUGUGUAAUGUCAUUCAAUUACUCAAUGGGCGUCAUAUCAACGACAUCAUUCUUUUUGUGUUGCUGCAUUUACAUCGAUAGUAUUCGAAAGCACAUGGAACUGAUAUUUGCCUCUCUAAAGCAAAAUAUUGAUCAAAUCCGGCAGGUGAAGAAACGAACCGCUUACCACAAACUCCGUCGAGAUAUUCAAGAGAAUCUUCACCAAGCCAUUGAUUUGCAUGUUAAAGUCAUAGACAUUUUCAGAAUGGUAGCCGAUAUAAAUGGUGGAACAAUCUUUUCUCUUCUCCCGGUGAACGCAGUGUUUCUGGCCAUAUCAAUGUAUCGAAUGGAGAACUUAGAACUAAAUUUGAUUUCGUUUGCCCAAGACAUUCUGUAUAUUGUAUCGUCUUUGUGCUGGCCAUACGUUUUCUGCCGUUUCGCGACACAUGUUACCGAUCAAAUGGUUUCAAUCGGUCGCAUUGCCUAUGAAGUCAACUGGUACGAUAGCCCGGUUGUGUGGCAAAAAUACCUUAUCUUGAUCAUUUCUCGAUCGCAGCAAAAAGUCUAUUUCACCGGUUUCAACCUAAUUACUUGUACAUUGGAAACUUUUGCAAAGGUUACAUUUUCAUUGGUACAAAUUCGAUGA